AGGAGACAGACAUGCUGUGGUUCCAGGAAUAUCUGACACACACACACACACACACACACACACACACACACACGUCCUCUUCCGGGUGUGUUUGAAAAGACUUUCACUGAGCUGUGGAGGGAUUCACUGGGUGUCUAAGAGACCCACAGCAACUCAAACUCAAGCCGAGCCCAUUUUUAUGAAAAGAGCCGUGCAGCAGGAAAGAGAAGCAGGAAUGUCAGAAGCUAGUUUUGACUCGGAGAAGAAUGCCUCGCAGGAUAAUCGGUCGGACCCUAACGAGCAGGGCCCUCAAAAUACUGCUGACUCUCUGAGUCAAUCAGAGGAAAGCAAAAACAGCCUGGAUGAGACACACAUGACUGAAAUUGACAUCAGUGAGGAGGACAAGGAAGUUGGAAACCACAAAUAUACUCUUGAUGAGGAUGAUGAGGAUGAGCAUUCUCAGGCCCAGAGUAAAACUAGUGGAAUAGUUGAGGAUAAUGCUGAAGCGACGAGCAGUGUGGCAGCAGAAGCUGAUGUGAAGGUGGCUAUGGCAGAGGAGGCCCACAGAAACCCGGCUGCUCAAAUCUCAGUCACCAGAAACGGAGAAGCAGACAAGAGUCACGAGGAAGUGUUUCAGAUGGAUGUGCCACAUAAUGUCUUCUCUGGACCAAUCACAUCACACUCCCACAAUUCACCUGAAAACUAUGCAGUGAAUGAGGGAGUGGUCCAAGUGGGGCCGUACACAGGUGCUUUGACAGAGCAGCAGACGGCAGGAGCAGUGGUCCUCGCUGAUGACAUAAAGAGUCCUGCUAUAGAGAAGCUGGAGCUGAUGAGGAAGUGGAGCGUCAACACAUAUAAAUGCACUAAGCAGAUUCUGUCAGAGAAGUUAGGACGCGGCUCUCGUACGGUUGAUCUGGAGCUGGAGGCUCAGAUCGAGGUUCUUCGUGACAACAAACGAAAGUACGAGCAUAUUAUCAAGCUGGCGCAGACGCUUUGCUCUCAGCUGGUGCAGAUGCUGCAGACGCAGAGACAGCUGGGCGAUGCGUUUGCUGACCUUAGUCUCAAAACACCCGAGCUACAUGAGGAAUUCGGCUACAAUGCUGAAACCCAAAAACUCCUGGCGAAAAAUGGAGAAACUCUAUUUGGAGCUAUCAACUUCUUCAUCUCCAGUGUUAAAACUCUAGUGGAUAAAACUAUAGAGGACACCUUGAUCAACAUUAAGCAAUAUGAAGCAGCAAGGAUUGAGUAUGACGCGUAUCGCACAGAUUUAGAGGAGCUCAAUCUGGGUCCACGGGAUGCCAACACGCUCCCAAAAAUCGAGCAGUCUCAGCAACAUUUCCAGAUCCACCGCGAAAAAUACGAAAAGAUGCGCAUCGACGUCUCGGUCAAACUCAAGUUUCUGGAGGAAAACAAGGUGAAGGUUUUACACAACCAGCUGAUUCUCUUCCAUAACGCCAUCGCCGCGUACUUCGCAGGCAACCAGCAGCAGCUGGAACAGACCCUGAAACAGUUCCACAUCAAGCUAAAGUUACCGGGAGGAGAAACUCCCUCUUGGCUGGAGGAGCACUGAUAAAAAGCAAAAAUGUCUCGCUAUAUCACUCCUUUCAGGACACUAAACCUGUCAAUAAACGUGUGAGACAGGAACCCGUUUUGAUCACAGAAAUACUUAGCUCCUCUCUUUGUCCUUGCUGUGUCUGACUUUACACUUGAAGUUUAGUUUCUAAACGAAUGCUCUUUCUUUAGUCUGAGAGUUUGCACGCUCUUGCGCAACAGAAACAAUCUUGUUUUUGAAUCAAGUUACCAGCACUUUAAUGGUAGACGAAAUACAGUCAGGAAGAAAUGAAUGUUGUAGAGACUUUAAAGUAGUUAUCUGACAAACAUGAUUUAAUCAACCUUGCCUUUUCACCCUGUUUUAGACCUCGCUGGUGUCAGCCUUUCUUUAUGUAACCGCACUGUUAUAUUGGUAUCAAAUCAAAUACAUUGGCAUAAAUGUCCACACUGCCGCCUUAAAGGGCAUGUUGAUCUGAAAACUUGAAGUUUUGCUAUGCUGCGUUUACUGUCACAAGAACUCAACUCAAUCUUUGGCUUUUUGUGAUAAAGUUUGCUAUGCAUUUUUAAAGUGCACCUUUUGUAGAUCCCAUUGAAAGGUGAUGAGGCUUCGUUUCUGACUUGAUGUGCCUUGCUCUUCGUCAGUGUUGUCAGGAGGUAUAAUAACAGAUGCUCUCAUUGCCUUUCUACAGACCACAGAAUGGACCGAUAAACACAGCCACACAUGCAUAUAGACCAGCAACUUGAAAUUACAAUCUGUGCUAUCUGUUCUUUUGUUUCAUUGUUUUUAAGCAUUGCACUUCUUCGAUAACUAAGCCACUAUUUUGUAUAAAAUGUAAACCAAACUGAUUUGACAUGAGAGAGCAUGUCAGCUGCCUGGGUUGUUCUUUCUCUGUGCAUCUUCUCUUUUUUUAUUUUAU